CUUCGUUAUACUGGUUUCUAACACCAGCAGCAGAGGCGAAGUUCUAAGGCGACAUCAUGGCGGGAUCCGCAGACCCACGUGGAGAUGAGAUGCCAGAACUUUCUGACGGGGAGGAUGACGACUGUGAGGAUGAAGAACAGUGGCAGUGGAUGGAGGAGGACGCUCAGACUGUCACCUGUCUGUUCUGUGACAGGCAGCUGAGUUCAGUUCCUGCCACCCUGCAGCACUGCACAGCCGAGCACCAGGUCAGCCUGACAGAAGUCAUAAGGAAGCAUGGUUUAGAGGACUAUGGUUACAUAAAAAUGAUCAACUUCAUACGGUUAACUAAAUGUGGUCCAUCAUGCCUGACGGGGCUGUCGGAAGGUCCCUUACCCUGGGAAAGUGAGGACUUCCUCAAACCUGCGCUUCAGGAUGACCUGAUGCUUCAAACAGACCCAGAGGAGCUCCUCAGCAGUGAUGUGCCCUGCAUCUCAGCAUGUCCCUCCUCCAGGACGGAGUCUUACAAUGCGCUCCUGCUCCGAGCCCAGACAGCAGAGGAGAGGGCGUGUUCUUCUGAGGAGGCACUCUCCAGGGCAAUGGAGGAUUUGCACAAACUAAAGAUUCUCUCUCAGAAUCUGGUGCUCAACACGGAUACCAGCAAAUCUGGUAACCUGUGCGCGGUGGCUGAACUCCGUGAGGAUGAGGACGAGGCGUACUUUAGCUCCUAUGGUCAUUAUGGCAUCCAUGAGGAGAUGCUGAAGGACAAAGUGCGCACAGAGAGUUACCGGGACUUCAUGUACAGGAACCCUGAUGUGUUCAGGGACAAGGUGGUGCUGGAUGUGGGCUGUGGGACUGGCAUAUUAUCCAUGUUUGCUGCCAGGGCUGGGGCCACACAAGUUAUUGGAGUUGACCAGUCAGACAUAGUCUAUCAGGCUAUGGACAUAAUACGGUCCAACCAGCUGGAGGACAAGAUCACACUGAUCAAAGGCCGUAUCGAAGACAUCAAGCUGCCUGUGGCGAAGGUCGACAUCAUCAUCUCAGAAUGGAUGGGUUACUUCCUCCUGUUUGAAUCCAUGCUGGACUCUGUUGUGUAUGCCAGGGACCUCUACUUGUCUGAUGGUGGUUCAGUCUAUCCAGACCUUUGUAACAUCAGCCUGGCUGCAGUGGGAGACAAACACAAACACCACGACCGUGUUGCAUUCUGGGAUGACGUCUACGGCUUCAACAUGUCGUGCAUGAAGAAGGCAGCAUUACCAGAGGCUUUGGUGGAAGUGGUGAAGAUGGACACUGUCAUCUCUGAGCCAACAGUCAUACAGACAAUUGACUGUAACAGAGUGUGCCUGUCAGAGCUGGAGUUUACAACAGAUUUCUGCCUGAGGAUGACCAAAACCACAGUCUGCACGGCAAUUGUCGGCUACUUUGACAUUUUCUUUGACAAAGACUGCAACAACAAGGUGAUGUUCUCUACAGGUCCUCAGGUCACAAAGACUCACUGGAAGCAGACGGUCUUCCUUCUGGAGAGGCCAAUAUCAGUUCAAGCGGGGGACGAACUCCAAGGAAAAAUCCUUGUACGUAAAAACAAGAAAGACCCUCGUGCAUUGUGGGUCACCAUUGAUCUUCGGGACAGGAAACAGACUUACAGCUUGCAGUAAUGAGAACUGUCACAGAUCCUCAACAAAUGGAAACACCUUUUAUAAUUAACCGUUGAUGUGUAAGUUAGAGGUAAACCGAAUGAACAUGUUUGCUUUCUUGUCUUUACUGUAAUGAAACAAUAAAUGUUUGUGUCAUAAAGAA